AUGAAUGUUUUGAAACCUGAGUUAAUUUGGGUAGAGGAUCGAUGUUAUAGAUUAUUAGGAAAUACCGAAUCGUUAGAUUCUCGCAAUAUUUCUCCUUACGUCGAAGACUCUUAUCAAUUAGACUAUAAAGAUUGCGAAGUAGAAAGUUAUGAUGCUGAUAUAGAAAUUGUACCAUAUAAAGGAACACAAUUUAAACAUACAUUUCAUGUGGCAAAAUCAUUUUUUCCAUUUAUUGCUGGAGCUAAACAUGCAGUACGGAAGAGAUUAGAAACUGAAACUAAAACAUUUAUACAAAUUCCAAAAUUAGGUCAGGAUGGGGAUAUUGUAAUACUUGGUACUGAUCACAAAGGGAUAGUGACAGCACGUCAUAGAAUAAAUUUAUUAAUGGAGGCAACCAGAAAAAAAUUGCACCCUACACAUUUCUUAUCAAUACCCUUAAAUAAACCUGAAAUAAUAAAGGAAUUUAAUUUAUUUAAGACAACUGUACUUAAUAAUUCAAAAAAAGCAUCUAGAGGUGUGGAUGAAACAAUUUUUCAAAUGCCAACCAAAUUGCACCUUACUAUUGGGAUGUUAAAAUUACUUGAUGAUACAGAAAGAAAUCAAGCUAUUGAAGCUUUAAAUUAUUGUAAAGAAUAUAUUGUAAAGCCAAUAAUUAAAAAAUAUGGAAGAAUCCAUAUACAGAUACAAGGAACUGAUAUAAUGAAUGAUGAUCCUACUGAAGUAAGGGUCCUAUAUGCAAAAAUAAUUGAUAAAAGUGAGGUUUUGCAAAAACUUUCAGAUGAAAUUGUAAAUUAUUAUGCCAGUAUAGGCCUAUUGUACAAAAUGAAUGACAGAGUUAAACUACAUGUAACAUUUAUGAAUACAAGAUUUAAUUUAGAUGAGGAAAGAGAGCAUAAUAAAGCUCCUAAGACAUUUGAUGCAACAGAAAUAAUGAAAGCUCAUGAAAACACUGUAUUUGGAGAAAUGACAUUAACCGAUAUUCACAUAUCACAACGUCAUACACUUGGUAGUGAUGGAUACUAUCAAGCAACAGCAAAAAUUAAUCUGUAUUAA